UAGCACGCACACACACGCUCCAUCACUUUUCGUGGGAGAAAGUAGGAAGGGGAGAGAGAAAGAGAGAGAAAGGAGAGAGAGUGAUUUCAGGUCUCUCUCUGCUCUCUCCGCUGUGGGCACUCAUAUCCACUCCGCUGACUCAAUGGGGCUUUAGCACUAGGGAUAAAAAAUACAAUAUUUAUUGCCCGUACCCCUUUUACUAUUUACAUUUUGUACAUAUCGUUGGUAGAUAUAGGUAAUUUAUUAAAGAAGCCUUAAGGAGAGGUAAAAGACGUCUCCAGAGGCGUCUCCUUAUUCUUUUCUUUUCUACCUCACAGAAGGUCCAGUCGAAACUCUCCUCGACUGACUUUCUGUGGGAGAGGAUAUCAAAUUUGAACAUAUCCUAUAGUCCACCGUCAAACAACUACAACCAAAAUAUGGAUAUUCGAGAUUGCCCUUUUCGGAAGAAGCGGAGACCAUGGUGCGUGGACCUUUCCUCUUUUGCCUUGGUAACCCUGAUGCUCUCGCUGUUCCAACUACCCGUGGCUCGAGCAGACCCAGUGGAUGUGUUGCGGGUUCUCCAGCUGCCCUCUCUCCCUGAGGGGGUUCGGAAGGUUCCAGGCUUCUGCACCUCCCGCCGCUCUGGCACUGCUGACCAUGCCUACCGCAUCACCAAGAAGGCCCAGAUCUCUGCCCCCACAAGUCAACUCUUCUCAGGUCCUUUCCCAGAGAACUUCUCCAUCAUGGCUCUGGUCAAGGCCCAGUCGGGCCUCCAGGCCUUCCUGCUGUCUAUCUACAGUGAGCAGGGAGUGCAGCAGCUGGGCAUGGAGCUGGGACGCUCCCCCGUCUUCCUGUACGAGGACCAGAACGGCAAACCCGCCCCUGAGGACUACCCCAUCUUCGCGGGCGUGAACCUGGCUGACGGCAAGUGGCAUCGCAUCGCUAUCUCCGUGUCGAAGCAGAGCGUCACCCUGAUCCUGGACUGUAAGAAGCGCGUGACCCGCCCCCUGCCGCGCAGCCCCAGCCCCGUGAUGGACACCAAGGGAAUCACUGUGUUUGGAGCACGCCUGUUGGAUGAGGAGGUCUUCCAGGGAGAAAUCCAACAGCUGCUGAUUGCAUCCAACUCUCAAGCUGCUUUUGACUUCUGUGAACACUACAGCCCUGACUGUGACUCACCCCUGCCCAAGAUCCAGGCCCAGGACCCCAACACAUACGUGAGUAGCACAGCACACGGAACUGUGACCUGGAAAGCUGCUGCACCUGCCACAGCUAAAUCAGCUAAAGCAGUACCUGCUACCCCCAAGCCCACCAAAGCCAAGCCCACUGCAGCCAAAUCCAAACCUACUGCUUAUGAAGUCCUCUUGGCCAGGAUCAAACCCACCGCAGUAACACGAGUGGUUAAGCCCACAUCUGCCCCCAAAAAUGGCGGUGAAAAAAAGCUUAACGGCAAACCUGUAGUUGAGAAGAAAGUUAAUGGUGGAGCCAAAGUUAAUGGCAAUGGCAAACCUGCUGUUCUGAAGAAAGUCAAUGGCGAUGCCAAAGUUAAUGGCAAACCUGUAGUUGAGAAGAAAGUAAAUGGUGGAGCCAAAGUCAAUGGUAAUGGAAACAGUAAGAUUGCUAAGGAUAAAAAAAUGAAUGGCAAAAACGGUGGUGACAAAAAAGCUAACGGCAAUGGUGUAGAACUAGCAAAACCUGAAACCACUAAAGUCCCACCAGUAAAACCAGUCACUAAAGUUAAAGUAGAUAAAACUGUGGUCAGCAAAGGGAAGCCAACAAAGCCAGUGGUAGCAAAAGCUGAGGUCAAACAAGCAAAGACAGUAAUUACCAAAGUACCAGUUCCAAAAGUUGAGGUAUCAAAAAACAAAUUCAAAGUAGUGAAAACCGAGGUCACAAAAGCCCGUCCAACACAAUCAGUUGUCAAUAAAGUCCCUCCCUUCCUCAAACCUGCACAGAAGAAAGAGCUGCCAAGCCCACAACCUGCACCAGAGAAAACCAAGAUGGUGCUUGAUGUAAAUAACUUCAAAUCGAUGACCAAAAAAAUGCCUCCCUUCGACAAGACCGCACUCAGUGGCAUUCAAGUCCCUGUGACAGAAAAACCGAAGAAGAAAACGGGCAACGGUUAUCAACAGGAUGUAGAAACUGCAAAUUCUGAGGCUGGCCCCACCCCUACAGAGACGGAUUAUUUUUAUGAGGAGGAAGUCCCACAGCCAGAGAAUGAGGUGAUUGGAGAAGAAGUGACCAAAGGCCAGGUGGAGGAGACAGUGGUGGCGGAGGAGGUAGAUUUGGCCAAAGCAGGUGGGGAGGUGGAGUCCUUCACAGAGGAGUAUGUGGCUGGAGACCUGGGUGGGAAGGAAUAUGACUAUUCCUACAAGGACUACAAUGAGCCACUGGUCGACGGGGAGUCCAACAACAACAUGGGCCCCGCCCUGUCUGCUGUGACAGACGAGGGACACGCCUCAGUGAGUGGAGUGAAAGGAGAGAAGGGAGAACCUGCUGUCCUUGAGCCUGGAAUGUUAAUCGAAGGACCCCCAGGACCAGAGGGACCAGCAGGUCUCCCUGGACCUAACGGCCCAUCUGGGCCUCCUGGCUCUGUUGGCGAUCCUGGCGAGAGGGGUCUCCCUGGAAGGGCUGGUCUCCCUGGUGCCGAUGGCGUCCCCGGUCCUCCCGGAACAUCCGUCAUGCUGCCCUUCCGUUUCGGAAGCAGUGGAGGAGACAAAGGUCCCGUGGUGUCCGCCCAGGAGGCCCAGGCUCAGGCCAUCCUGUCUCAGGCCAGGCUGGCUCUGAAGGGACCCCCAGGCCCGAUGGGCUACACCGGCCGACCCGGACCCCUGGGAACCCCUGGAAGUCCUGGGCUGAAGGGUGAGAGCGGCGACCCUGGACCUCAGGGCCCCAGGGGACCACAGGGUUUGAGUGGACCUCCCGGCAAAUCAGGAAGAAGGGGCCGUGCUGGAGCUGAUGGUUCCAGAGGAAUGCCAGGGGAGUCUGGGCCUAAGGGCGACCGUGGUUUCGACGGCCUGCCUGGAUUGCCUGGUGACAAAGGGCACAGGGGUGAUACCGGAGGAUUGGGACCCACUGGAAGUCCCGGAGAAGACGGAGAGAGGGGAGAUGAUGGAGACAUCGGACCCAGAGGGCUUCCAGGUGAACCAGGACCUCGUGGUUUGCUUGGGCCUAAAGGUCCAAACGGAAUCCCAGGACCUCCCGGUGUGCGUGGAAACGAUGGGCCCCAUGGUCCUAAAGGAAACUUGGGUCCCCAAGGUGAGCCUGGCCCUCCAGGACAGCAGGGUACAUCAGGAACACAGGGAAUGCCUGGGCCCCAGGGAGCCCAUGGCCCCCCAGGAGAAAAGGGCCCCACAGGAAAACCUGGUCUCCCAGGAAUGCCCGGAGCCGACGGCCCCCCUGGUCACCCAGGGAAGGAAGGACCUGUCGGCACUAAAGGAAACCAGGGCCCGAACGGACCUCAGGGAACCAUUGGCUAUCCUGGGCCUCGUGGCAUUAAGGGAGCUCAAGGAAUCCGUGGACUGAAGGGUCACAAAGGAGAGAAGGGAGAAGACGGCUUCCCUGGAAUCAAAGGAGACUUUGGAGUCAAGGGAGAGAGGGGAGAGAUCGGCAUGCCCGGCCCAAGAGGAGAGGAUGGUCCUGAGGGGCCAAAGGGCCGUGUUGGGCCCCCUGGCGAGCUGGGACCCAUCGGUCUGGUCGGAGAGAAGGGUAAACUUGGUGUUCCUGGACUUCCUGGCUAUCCUGGAAGACUUGGACCUAAGGGCUCCCUCGGUUUCCCAGGAUUCCCUGGAACCAACGGCGAGAAGGGAACAAGGGGUCUGAUUGGAAAGUCUGGGCCCAGAGGACAAAGAGGACCAACGGGCCCCAGAGGUCAAAGAGGGCCAAGAGGUUCAACUGGUAAACCAGGAGCCAAGGGUACAUCCGGAAGUGACGGGCCUUCUGGUCCAGCCGGAGAGAGGGGACUUCCUGGACCUCAAGGAGCAAACGGUUUCCCUGGGCCAAAGGGACCACCCGGACCACCAGGAAAGGAUGGACUGCCCGGUCACCCUGGACAGAGAGGAGAAGUUGGAUUCCAAGGAAAGACUGGCCCACCCGGACCUCCUGGUGUUGUUGGACCUCAGGGUCCCUCAGGAGAGACAGGCCCCCUGGGCGAGCGCGGUCACCCUGGGCCUCCGGGCCCACCAGGAGAGCAGGGACUUCCCGGACCCUCUGGCAAGGAGGGAACUAAAGGAGACCCCGGUCCCCCAGGAGGACCCGGCAAAGACGGCCCUCCAGGACUGAGAGGCUUCCCCGGAGAGAGAGGGAUGCCAGGCACCCCGGGAGGCGGCGGACUGAAAGGAAGCGAAGGCCCACCAGGACCUCCUGGACCAGCUGGGUCCCCAGGUGAGAGAGGACAGGCAGGUGGCGCAGGCCCCAUCGGACCACCGGGAAGACCCGGCCCCCAGGGGCCCCCAGGACCUGCAGGAGAGAAGGGAGUUCCUGGCGAGAAAGGUCCGAUUGGCCCGGCUGGUCGUGACGGUGUCCAGGGUCCGGUCGGUCUCCCAGGCCCUGCCGGAUCCAUCGGGGUCCCGGGAGAGGACGGAGACAAGGGCGAGGUUGGAGAGCACGGCCAGAAGGGAGCGAAGGGCAGCAAGGGAGAGCAUGGUCCUCCCGGGCCACCAGGGCCAAUGGGUCCAGUGGGUCAACCCGGCGCUGCUGGAGCUGAUGGAGAACUGGGAGCCAGAGGUCAGCAGGGGCCAUUUGGGGCCAAGGGAGAUGAAGGAUCAAGAGGAUUCCCAGGGGCCCCGGGUCCCAUUGGACUGCAGGGAUUGCCAGGCCCAUCAGGAGAGAAGGGAGAGACAGGAGAUGUCGGACCAAUGGGUCCACCGGGGCCCCCAGGUCCACGUGGCCCAGCUGGUCCCAGCGGCGCUGACGGUCCUCAAGGUCCUCCUGGUGGUCUGGGUAACCCUGGAAACCAGGGAGAGAAGGGAGAGCCUGGAGAAGCUGGACCACCUGGAAUCGGAGGGGAGCCGGGAAAGAAGGGCCCUCGUGGGGAACGUGGCGAUAAGGGCGAGUCGGGACAACCCGGGGCUUCUGGCCCUGCUGGUGGAAGAGGAGGACCUGGAGACGACGGACCCAAAGGAAACCCUGGCCCUGUUGGUUUCCCUGGUGACCCCGGCCCCCCUGGAGAAGUCGGACCCAGAGGUCAGGACGGAGCAAAGGGAGAGAGGGGAGAGGACGGUGAACAAGGACAAGCUGGCUCUCCAGGACCCACUGGUGAGAAUGGACCUCCUGGUGGACCUGGAAAGAGGGGGCUUCCUGGAACAAGAGGACCAGAAGGACGACAGGGAGAGAAGGGAACCAAGGGAGAUCCAGGUGCCAACGGACCAGCAGGAAAGACAGGCCCCGUCGGACCUCAGGGUCAACCAGGAAAACCAGGAACGGAGGGACUGAGGGGUCUCCCCGGAUCAGUGGGCGAGCAAGGUUCUCCAGGCCCUGCCGGACAGAAGGGACCACCCGGACCACUGGGACCCCCAGGUUUGCCAGGACUGCGCGGGGAGAGUGGCGACAAGGGAGAGAAGGGUCACUCAGGUCUCAUUGGUCUGAUCGGGCCCCCCGGAGAGCAGGGGGAGAAGGGAGACAGGGGACUGCCAGGGCCUCAGGGAACCCCUGGGUCCAAGGGAGAUACUGGGGUCCCUGGAGGCACUGGGCCGAUCGGUCCUGCUGGCCCUGCUGGUUUGCCUGGUCCUCAAGGUGUCAAGGGAGCCAAGGGAGCUAGUGGAGGAGCUGGUCCCAAGGGAGAGAAGGGUGUCUCAGGACCUCCCGGACCUCCUGGCCCCCCAGGCGAAGUCAUCCAGCCCCUGCCCAUCCAGAUCCCCAAGAAGUCCAAGCGCUCCAUCGACGCCAGCCGGAUGCUGUACGACACGGAGAUGGCCGACGCCAGCGACUUCCUGAGAGACAGCGAGGGCAUGCAGGAGAUCUUCGGCUCGCUGGACUCUCUGCGAAAAGAGAUCGAUACCAUGCGAUCCCCUCUGGGCACCCAGGACAGCCCUGCACGCACCUGCCAUGACCUCAAACUCCUCCAUUCUAAUUACACAGAUGGAGAUUACUGGAUCGACCCCAACCAGGGCUGCUCUCGUGACUCUCUCAAGGUGUUCUGUAACUUCACCGCUGGCGUCGAGACCUGCCUGUAUCCCAGCAAGAGCGUGGACACGGUAAAGAUCAACUCUUGGACCUCUGAGAAACCCGGCUCCUGGUUCAGUGAGUUUGCCACUGGCAGCAAGCUCUCGUACGUGGACUCUGAUGGCAAGCCAGUCGGCGUGGUCCAGUUGGGCUUCCUAAGGCUGCUGAGCAUCCAGGCCCGUCAGAACAUCACCUACCACUGCCAUCGUUCCGUGGCCUGGGCCGACCGCACAGACAACAACGGACACAAGAGGGCGCUGCACUUCCAGGGCGCCAACGAUGAGGAGCUCAGCUUCGAGAACAGCCCCUACAUCAAGGCCCUGAUCGACGGCUGCUCUUAUCGCAAGGGCUUCGACAGGACAGUGUUGGAGGUGAACACACCCCAGGUGGAGCAGCUUCCUCUGCGGGACCUCAAGAUCACAGACUUUGGGGAAACCAACCAGCAAUUUGGCUUUGAAGUGGGACCUGUCUGUUUCCUGGGCUAAAACACCCUGUAGAGAAAUGAGAAACACGGACACAUCUAGAAUACACACUUACACUGAUGCACAAGCAAACACAAACAUUUGAAUUGACAUAUAUACAGAACAUGCCCAGUAAUUUGUACAUUUAUUUCAUGAUAUCAAGCACACUCACAUACACAAACACACACACACACACACAAAUACUGUUGUGAAACCGACAUGCACUCACUCAAGUACAUGCCCAGGGGAAAACACCUCCCGACAAAGUUAUGGAUGACAGGAGAAAAGUACAACACAAACACUCUCAAAAAGAGAAGACCAAAGAUCGACUGAGAGAACGAGAGCGAUAGCGUUCUGACCGUUAACCGCAUAAAACGGCGUUCUUUUCCAACGAACAGCUGGCCCAACGUGCCGUCUCCUCCUUCCCUACACGCCAGAGCCCCCCCCCCCGGUCGCAGAUCCCCCUCCUCCUCCUCCUCUCUCCUCCCCGCUGUCUCUCUUUAAGUUGUCUGACCCACACUACCUCUCUGCUUCGCCCUCUUCACACACAUUGUCCAUCUACUACACUCAAGCCCUGCCCCUUCCACGCCUUACUUCCUGCCUCACCAAAUGAAGAGGAAACCAAUGGAAGAACCAGAGUUCCACCGCCAGCGUGGAGGACCAGAACACAGCGGAGCCAGAGGCCAACCAGAGCUGAUGGAACAGAGACGACCUGGAAAGUUUACGGUUCGUCCGUGGUGUUUAGCUGAACACAUUUUCUAUUCAUCAUCACACCUAAAUUAAUACAUUAAAUAUGAGAGCUAUAUCAGUGAAACAUGACCCUAAUCUGGGUCCAAUGCAAUACAGCUGGAUGAAUAGAAAAUGUCCAUUGCUAUGUGGAGCUCGUGUGGAGAGAAAGUAAAGCUGUGAGAUCUCUAGUUGUAACGAGGCUUUAGUACGGUGUGAAUAUGAACAGUUCAUUACUCAGUGCUGUAAUAAUAAAGUCCUAACAGCAAUGUACCGUCUCCGAACUGGAUGGCUGUUUAUUAUUGGGCAAAUGUUGCAUGCGAUGGGACAAAAGGGGGACCUGGCCUUCUCCGAGUAUCGAUGAAUCGAAAGCCAUUAACCUUGUAAAUUGUACUGAACUUGAUGUAUUGUACAUGUCUUUUUAUUUUUUAUAAGUGUUACAUCUGUCAAACAGACCGGACAGUGGUACCUAGACCAUCCAACACGCCACAAUAUCAUCAAAACGGUCCAUUAUUUAAAGGGUUGAUGCCUGGAUUUGACUGUUUUACGUAGAACACAGGUUCGAUUCCAGGAUUUUGUGGCAUUCCAUCUCUUUUUUUUUUUUUCUCAAGCAUGGAACGUUUCAGGGUUAAAUAUGUAUAUGAGCUUCAUAGAUGACAACCAACAGGUCUCUCUUACAACAGCGAAUAAAUGCAUGCUUUUGAAAAUCUGUGUGGCAAGGUGCUAAUUAUACCAACGUGUUAAUGUAUUCAGCAUGAAUAAUUCAAGUUUGUCUCUAUUACAGCCACGUGAUGCUGUCACCAUUUUUCCUACUGGAAAUGUACAUUAUGUGCACACUCCAUUUGUACAGACAUAGUCAUAUUCUAUUGUAUUUAUUGAAAACAAACAUGGUGCUUUAAACCACGACAAACCAAAUAUGCCAGUCGAAUGUGGUAUUUCAUUUUGUAUUUAUUUCCUGUAGUUCUCACUUGACGGUCAUAAAACAAUUAAAUACAUAUUAAACAAACACCAGCCCGAGUUAUCUGUGCACACACCCACGGUCAAUGCAUUUCAACGGUUUUGGUUGAAAGGAAAAUACCAAAAGAAUGUGGCCAUAUCUCAGUGUAACCCUUUAGCGUUUAUCGACUGUACUGUGUUUUUACGAUUGCUUCUGUUGUAAUUAUUAAAAUGGUGACUUUU